UUAGUUGGGAUGUGUCAAAUAUAUGAUAGAUGCAAGUACUCAGCAAACAGGUGUUGGUGCUUGAUGAGGCGGACUGGAUUCAAGAUUCAGGAUUUAAAAAGACAUUAAAUUCAAUUCUUUCACAGCUCCCAAAACGGCGGCAAACCUUACUGUUUUCAGCAACUCAAAGAAAGUCUGUUCAGGAUCUAGCAAGGUUAAGUUUGAAGGAUCCAGAGUAUAUCAGUGUGCACGAGGAGUCUGUAACUGCUACUCCUAGUCGUUUGCAGCAGACUGCAAUGAUUGUUCCUCUUGAUCAGAAGAUAAACAUGCUGUGGAGUUUCAUAAAGACACAUCUUAAUUCUAAGAUCCUUGUGUUUCUUUCAAGAUGCAAGCAGGUGAAAUUUGUCUUUGAUGCAUUCAAGAAGUUGCGACCAGGAAUCCCUUUGAAGUGUCUGCACGGACGGAUGAAGCAGGAAAGAACAAUGGGAAUAUGUUCUCAGUUCUGCGACACGAUCAGUUCUCUUUGCAACUGA